GCCAAACUGGCGCGCACUCUACAUGAGUUGAAAGGAAUACAUCUAAUUAAUGUUUUUGUUUUGAUCUAUCCGAGAAAGGGUAACAUAACCUAUAUACAUAACCUUUUAUUAUCAUUGUGUAAGUUUCUAUUUGUUAUAUGAAAUAUAUAGAGUGGCAAAGUUGGUUUUUAACUAGGCGCGAACGAGCGAGCACCCAUGGUGCGGGCGUGGUUCAUGGACUCCUCAGACGAGGACCAGAGGCUGGAGCAUCACCGGGACCCGCCCCAACUCGUGUCCUUGGAUCAGCUGUUCAAGCUCUCAGGUGUGGAAUAUUUCAAGCUUGAUCCAGAGAAUUAUCAGAAAGACCUAGAAAACCUUAAGAAGAAAAGGGGAUAUACGUAUGAAGAUAAUAUAACCUGUUCAAAGGAAUGCCUGGAAAAUUAUGAGCAAAAGCUGAAGAGCUUCUUCACUGAACAUCUCCACACCGAAGAGGAGAUACGCUUCGUCCUGAGAGGCUCGGGCUACUUCGACGUUCGCGACAUCAACGACGAGUGGAUUCGCAUCGCGGUGUCUCCAGGAGACCUGAUCAUCAUUCCGGCCGGCAUCUACCAUCGCUUCACGCUCGACAGCGAGGACUUCAUCGAAGCGAAGCGGUUCUUCAUCGGGCAGCCCGUGUGGACGCCACACAACCGUCCAGCAGACGACAUGGAGUGUAGGAAGCACUACCUGCAGCGUGUCAGCAGGGGCUUCGAGGAGUGACAGCUGUGCAACGUUCCAUUUGUGGUGGUGGCGGCUGGUGUGGACUCACUUCUACUUCACAGAUACAAAUAUAUCUAAGGAAAGGUUUUUGAUAAUUAUAUUGGGGUUGAUAAAUAAAUAUAUCAUUAUUACUGUGA